ACACACACACACACACACACACACACACACACACACACACUUGAAGCCGUCUCUCUAGGACACAAAGACAUGACAGUGCAAUAGUGGAGCCUACAGCACUCACACCUGCUAUGUGCUGCCUUUGGGAGGAGGGUUCUGCAAAGGGGGGCACGCUAGGAGAACAAGAACAAAGAACAUUAACGCCAGGAAGAACUCACAGUGGAAUUGAAAGAAGAAUGAGUAAAGAGGAACGGUAAAGUGAUAAGAAGAUAACUAGUUCCAGUUGAGGAGAGGAAGGAUGGGAUGUGUUUGCUGGACAGAUUGAGCUGCACCGAGGUGGCUCUCCUGCACACGCAUUCAUGCUCCCGCACACCUUCAGGACGUGAAUUUAGGAUUGCAUUCAGCCAAGAGGAUGAUGAAACAUUCAACUAAAGUGGGUCCGCUCAAUUCCUACAGCACCCAGGUGCUCAUCUGUCCCAUCCCAGAGGGAGACGAGGGCUCUGAGGCCCAUGGAAAGAAACCUGCCAGUGAGUCAAGUGGUGGAGACACCUCCUAUAAAAGCUUCACUAAAACAGUGUUCAAGGUGCUCGGAGGCUUGCUAGUGGUGCUGUGUGUGUCCUCCUCCUGGGUCGGAACCGCACAGUUGGUCCAGCUCACCUAUGAAUCUUUCCCAUGUCCUCUCUUCAUCUCCUGGUUCAGCAGCAGCUGGAACAUCUUCUUCUUUCCAUUAUACUACUCUGGACACAUGGCCACCACACAGGAGAAACAGAGACUCAUUCAGAAGUUCAGGGAGUGCAGUCGUGUUUUUGGAGAGGAGGGACUGACUCUCAAACUGUUCGUAAAGAGGACUGCACCUUUCUCCAUCCUUUGGACACUCACAAACUACCUUCAUCUGCUGGCCCUGCACAAGCUCACAGCCACAGAUGCAUCAGCUCUAUACUGCUGUCACAAAGCAUUCGUGUUCCUGCUGUCCUGGAUCAUCCUUAAGGACCGCUUCAUGGGGAUAAGGAUUGUUGCCGCUAUAAUGUCCAUCACUGGCAUUGUUCUGAUGGCCUAUGCCGAUGGCUUCCAGGGUGACUCUGUCCGUGGUGUGGCUUUAGCUGUGGGCUCAGCCUGCACCCUGGCGCUCUAUAAGGUCCUGUUGAAGAUGUUCUUGGACAGUGGCAGACUGGGAGAAGCAGCACAUUUCUUCUCUACGAUGGGAUUCUUUAAUUUCAUUUUCAUCUCUGGUGUGCCCCUGGUACUCUACCUCACUCAUGCGGAGCACUGUGGUUCUCCGUCAUCACUGCCCUGGGGGUACCUAUGUGGGAUAGCUGCUCUGUGGCUUGUAUUUAAUGUGUCAGUCAACGUGGGGAUUUUUUUGACCUACCCCAUCCUCAUCUCCAUCGGCACCUUGCUCAGUGUGCCAGGCAACGCAGCUGUGGAUGUGCUGAAGCACGAGGUGACCUUCAGUGUGGUGCGUCUGGUGGCCACCUGCAUCAUCUGUCUGGGGUUCCUGCUGAUGCUUCUCCCAGAAGAGUGGGACUUGCUCACAUCGCGCCUCCUGGCAACGUGUGCUGAUGAGCAGGCUGAUGACCAUGGAGUGGAGCUGACUGAGUCCAGUGUCCAUAUAUGUAGCUGUAGUCAGGCCAACGGAGCGGUCUCAGUCCCUUUGGUUUGACUGUUUUGGCUCAGAUGUUAAACUCUUGCAAUUGCCUCACAAUAUCAUAAUGUUUUUUUUUUGCGCGAUAUCAUCUACCAUUUGACUCAGUAAAGCAGUGGAUGUCAACCAUUUCAUAACAAAGACACAGUGUUUCUGUUUUUGAGAACUGUUUAAGUGAUCGGGGCAAAUGUAUCAAUCUUUGCAUACAACUUGCUGUAGGAUCAUGUGGACACACAAUUCCAUGAUUUGUGUACGGAGGUUUUCCAUCAGAGCAUCAAUCACAACGUACGCACAACGUGCGCCUAUUCUCUUCGUAAAUUCAGUGUAAAAUCAUGUGCACAUGAACGCACGUAACAUCCACUUGCAACAUUUUAAUUAAGUUAAAUAACAUGCUAAAUAAAGAGAAGAAUAAACUAAUAUUUUACCAAUGUAUUUUUACUGAAAUCAUGCACUUCU